UCAAUUCCAUCACUUCUUGAUCAAUAGCUCGUUCUUCAAAAAGUAUCACAAGAUAUUAACGAAGGAAUAAAGGAUUUUUAGGGUAUUGCUCGUUUUGGUUUUGAACCAAGAAAGCAGCGAUGGCUAAUAAGAAGUUUGUCACAUUCUUCUUCUUCCUUGUUCUUCUCAUUGUUCCCUUCGUUUUUAUAGCCACUGCGGCUCCUGGAAGAAUAAGAGGUAUGGAGGUAUACUGUCGGAGUAGAUGCAGAGGAAGGUGUGCUAAGGCGGGGUUUCAAGACAGAUGUCUCAAGUAUUGUGGCAUUUGUUGCAGACAAUGUAAGUGUGUUCCUUCCGGUACCUUUGGCAACAAGCAUCAAUGCCCUUGCUAUCGAGACAAGCUUAGCUCCAAGGGGAAACCCAAAUGCCCUUAAUCCAAUUUUGUUUCCUUGAUUAAGCACUUUCACAAAUAAUACAAUACAUGCAUUUGCAUGCAUGCACUUUGUCUUAGUUAUAGUUAUAGUUGGCUAAGUUUUUGAAUGCUUCUUAAA